AUGGGAAUCGUUAAAUUACCAAAACUAGUUGAUUAUUGGUCAACUGAUCCUAUGAUUACCCAAUCUUUUGCGCGUAAAUUUGUGGCUCGUAACAGAUUUGAGAUUUUGCUACAGAUGGUGCAGUUUAAAAAACCACCUGGUGACCGUUUGUACACAAGUCGUAGUUUGAUUGAUAGCUUGAAUCUCAACUUUAAUGCUCAUUAUUAUCUAUCAUGA